UGCCUCAGAUGGCUGUGCCACAGGCACUGCUGGGUGGCUUGUGACUAGCAUGGUGGGUCGAGGUGAGGGAAUCAUGUAAAAGUGCAGAGAUGGACUCCUGCCUCCUGUGAAGGGGGACCCCGGAGAAUGGAGAGGACAGAGAUUCUCCAGCCCUGCAGCUGACACAGGAGGAGACAGAAUUCCACCGAGUUCCCCUCGGUUUCUGACAGCUCAUCAGACGACAAUAUAAACGAAGGCCAGGAACAGAAGUGUGGCCAGGGAGGAAGGCGGAGACAUCUCCUCUGGAACGUUAAUGGUGAGAUUUAGAGAACUCACUACCUUGGAAGUCCAUUCUCCCAAGAAAGAAGGGACAGAAAGAUCUCUUUGUAAGAAAGGCUUGGGUAUCCCAUGAACGAGCCAGCAGAAAACCGAUUGGGGUGCAGCAGGACUCCAGAGCCAGACAUAAGGCUCAGAAAAGGACACCAACUUGAUGGUACAAAAAGAGAUGAUAAUGGCAACCACCAAGGACAUUUGGAGCCCAUCUUAGAGGCAUCUGUUCUUUCUUCCCAUCAUGAAAAAAGCUCUGAAGAGCAGGAGAGCAAUGAUGAAGCUCCUCAGGAAGACGAGGGAUUUAUGGGCAUGUCCCCUCUCUUACAAGCACAUCAUGCGAUGGAGAGAAUGGAAGAGUUUGUUUGUAAGGUGUGGGAAGGUCGAUGGCGAGUGAUUCCUCACGAUGUGCUACCAGACUGGCUCAAGGACAAUGACUUCCUUUUACAUGGACACCGGCCCCCUAUGCCUUCCUUCCGGGCCUGUUUUAAGAGCAUUUUCCGAAUACACACAGAGACUGGCAACAUCUGGACGCAUCUCUUAGGUUGUGUAUUUUUCCUGUGCCUGGGGAUCUUUUAUAUGUUUCGCCCAAACAUCUCUUUUGUGGCCCCUCUGCAAGAGAAGGUGGUCUUUGGGUUGUUUUUUUUGGGAGCCAUUCUCUGCCUUUCUUUUUCAUGGCUCUUUCACACAGUCUACUGCCAUUCAGAAGGGGUCUCCCGACUCUUCUCUAAACUGGAUUACUCUGGUAUUGCUCUUCUGAUUAUGGGAAGUUUUGUUCCUUGGCUUUAUUACUCUUUCUACUGUAAUCCACAACCCUGCUUCAUCUACUUGAUCGUCAUCUGUGUGCUGGGCAUUGCUGCCAUCAUAGUCUCCCAGUGGGACAUGUUUGCCACUCCUCAGUACCGGGGAGUGAGAGCAGGCGUGUUUCUGGGCCUGGGCCUGAGUGGAGUCAUCCCUACCUUGCACUACGUCAUCUCGGAGGGGGUGCUGAAGGCCGCCACCAUCGGGCAGAUAGGCUGGCUGAUGCUGAUGGCCAGCCUCUACAUCACGGGGGCGGCCCUCUAUGCCGCCCGCAUCCCCGAGCGCUUCUUCCCUGGCAAGUGCGACAUCUGGUUUCACUCUCAUCAGCUGUUUCACAUCUUUGUGGUUGCCGGCGCUUUCGUUCACUUCCAUGGCGUCUCCAACCUCCAGGAGUUCCGUUUCAUGAUUGGCGGGGGCUGCAGUGAAGAGGAUGCACUGUGAUACCCACCAGCGCCAGGGCCUGUGACCCUGGCCAGGCCUGCUAUGCUGUGGGCCUCCCUCCUGGCCACUCCGCCAGUACCAGAGGAGCCCAGAACCUUGACAGCCUCCGAGGCUUUGUGAGUGCCCUGGGCUCCACGUGGUACAUGUCUGAGAAGAGAGACAAAUAAUCAUACCUCAAAGGAUGGAGUGCAUCAAUUCGGAGAAGAGGAGACAUGGCCCAAACCAGGACUUACUCUUGGGGUCUACCGAUCAAAGGCUCUGCAAGACCCUUGGCAAACUGGCUUCUGAUCCAUUCAUACUUAUUUCUAGAAGAUGGGAAACAGUUUAGCUGGUGGUUCUUCUUCCUUUUUUCUCUUUCCUUAAAACAGUAAUAUGAACCAAUUUGGGUGAGCAUUUAUAUCCAGGUAAGGGGCGGGAGUGUGAUUUUAAUGCUCUUUUGAGAGAACAAAGAAAUUAAUGUAAAUAAGAUUUCUAACUUACUGUUUAAAUAAGAAUUUAUAUAAAUGUUUAAAACAUGGGCAGGGGAGGGAGGGAGGAUUUUUGUACAGAAUGAAACAUGCAAGUACCACACACUGUUUCGAUUUUGCACAAAGUGACGGUGGGAGGGUCAGGUGAUAUCCCAGAAUGUCCAGUGUCUUGGUGCACCAAGGUGCCUUGUGAAGGCCGACAUACCUUGGACCCUUUGGGGUGGAGAGCGUGGCCCCAGCCCAGUGGUCACCUGGCUGCUCCAGCCUGAGCUGUGGGGAGACCUGAGGCAGAGGGAAGCGGACGUGUCUUUUUGGUGGUAGGACGUGUUUGUGGCUGACAGGAUGUGCUGCUAAGGCCCUGGUGAAGUUGUCAUUGAGAGCCUGACUCGGAGGGGAGGAGGGAGCCUCCUGCUCCUGCCGUCAUGCUGGUGAAGGUGCUGGGACGUUAGCACAGGGCUGGCCUGGCUACUUGAGCUUCCUGUUGAGUUUUGUGCUGUUUCUUACCUGAUGAGAGAGGUGACAGUUUGCCCUGUCCUUGCGAUGGAGCUUUGGAACACCCUGGAAAACGUCCCUGUAUUCACAAUCACUGCCCUAACUGCCUUUCUUCCUCCUGGGGUACACUGUCACUUUCCCUGGCAUCACAGUUCCUGGCACGAACCAGCCAUGAGGGGCAUCUGACGUGCCCAGGUGCCUCCCGAGCUCAUUAGUGGGCUGGGAGAGACGAGCCCAGCGCCUUGUGUGAGGUGUCUGUGCUCCAUGAGCAGCAGAGCCCACAGGGUGCUGUAAGACCGUCCCCGCCCGCUGUGGGGCGCUCGCUCUCACAGCUCCUUGGCAGGCCAGUGUGGCACGCAGUCUGACAGGGAGCGGGGUGGGUCCUGAGGCCCACAGUCCUGAAUUGCUGCUGGAAGUGUGGAGCGACUGCUCUCGUCCCAGGCUCCCUGUCAUGGUGUCAGAGUGGUGGCAGGAGGGACGGUCAUGGGAGUCUGAUGGCGCAUCUGAGAGAUGAGCCACCAGAAUAGCACUGGAGUCUAAGGUCACUGCCACCCAAGACUCCAGGGAUUGGGUGACAUCAGGCACGAUCGGUGUCAGAACUAAACGCUGAGGCCCAGGGCGUGGGGCUGCCACCCUCGGUGUUGAGACUAUGGGAGGGGUCUCGUAUUUAUUCAGUAGAGUUUUCUUGGAUAUUUUUCUCCUGUCUUUCCCCUGCCAAUCUCCAGCAAAAGCUGGGAUCUAGGAAGAAGAAUCCACUUUAGGCUUGGGAAGAACUUCAGAGUAUUUUGGUUCUGAACAAGGUCCCUGCCCUGGUGCUAGGUGGACCGAGCAAAAGACUCUGGGUGAACUGGUGCAGGGCCUGACAGAAUAAGCAACAGUGUUAAUGCCUCUGAGAAGUGGUGCGGUAGGAUCCACGAGGCCAUCUGGGAGGAGGCGCCCUUAGCUUCCUAAGGGCACCAGCACAGAUCAGAAGCCAGACUUGCUCUUGGGCCAUGCACUUUGGGAUGCAGGGUUUAAGGUGCAGCCCUGCAACACCACCAACAGGAGGAGCAGUCUCUGGGCCAUCACCCCACACCCCAAAGCAGGAAGAAUCUGGUUCAACAUAGCACAAGCCCUUAGGAAAAACAAAAUUAACAUCGCCAAUGUGUAAUCCAGUAAAAAUCUCCCUCUUUUGGGUGUGUGUGUGUGUGUGUGUGUGUGCGUGUGUGUGUGUGCGUAUAGGGAUGUAUGUGUGCUUACGUGUGUGUGUGUGUCUAUGUGCAACUCACUACCAACAGCCUCACGUGCACUUGGUCUUCCAGUGCUGCUGAGAACUCUCGCCAGGUUGGCGCCGGGAUGCCUUACUCUCAGCAACCAGAGGCCGGCUUGCUCUGUGCAGAUUUCGCGUUUUCUGUUCUGGCCCUCGGCUGGUUAGGACCUCUACAGCUUCAUUCUUUCACCAUUAUAUAGUGGCCUUUUUCAGUAUUUCCCCAUUUCCCUUUAUAAAUUGCUGAAGCCACAAAGCACAUUUUUUGGGAUCAAAAAUGGUUGGGGUUCCAGAAAGGCAUCUGUGUGAUGGUUCCAUUCACCAUGGGAUUUCCCUACUUGCUGUAUUCUCAAUUUCUUCUAAUAAAAAGAACCAAAUGGAGUAUGAACUUC